AUUUUGGCUCAGUGUUGUGAUUUUGGCUCUUAACCUUGCGGAGAUACACAAAUACGAAUUAAUUUAAGUAAAAUUGAUGAAAUACUUGCAAUAAACUAUUCAUGUGAAGUUAUUAUCGUGGUCUGUAGUGUUUGUGAUAAAAUAAUCCAUAGGUUGAUCUGGACAAGAUGGGUGUCAAGCUCGCAGGUACUAUGACCUAGAUGCAACACAGAGGCGGAGAGCCCCACAAGAGGGGUGCAAAAGGGAAACAAUCUCUACCAGAGAGAGUGGCCACCUUCUACUAUACGGUGGGACUUUUUUGCAUCACUUAUCCAAUAUGUAUUCUGCUGUUGGCCAGUGUGGUGAUUGUGGCCUCAUGGCUCCCUCUGGUAAACUUUCCGUUUCCCGGCAAGGCGCCGCAGGUGUGGCCGGCGGGCCACAACUCUAGUGAUACCCCGGAGCCCUUCUGCUAUGUCCAGCAGGUGGUGAUGCGGGUGACCGUCCUGCCGUGGGAACCGGACCUGAAGCUGGGCGAUGCUUUCAGGGCGCCCCUCUACGAGGCCUUCCAACUGCUCGACAUAGUUAGGAAUUAUCAAGAUAACAACACCUCGAAAACAUUGGGACAUGUCUGUCUCCACAUAGAAGCUAGCAAAUCGAGACAUGACCGGUCGAACAAACUGCCACAGUACAAUUGCCUGGUCCUGUCACCUGCCAACCUAUGGGAUCAAGAUGUGCAACAGUUUACACAGGAUAGCUCGAUACUAACUACUGUUUUCAAUCAUCAUAGUAUCCAGAAAGGCAAGACCUCUAUAGCAGAGAUGCUGUUUGGUAUGAACCUGUUCGAGACCGGAAUCAAACGAUAUCCCAUCAGGAACAGGCAGAGGAUAAUUCAGUAUGCAAUGACAUUGUUUCUCAAAGAAUAUGAUUUACAUUUCAUCGAGGGACUGCGAGAAAAACUAACAAGUCUCUAUCCUCUACACCUAAACGACACAAGAGUUAUUAACCUGAGCACAAAUGAUACAGUUAUUAUUCAGUAUCCAGGGGAAAUCAGCUACCUGGAACUAGCUCCGAUUUUUAUUGCUUUCGUCUUAGUAUUCCUUUACUAUUUCUUCUCGGUCAGGAAGGUAGACAUGAUCAAAUCCAAGCUGGGUAUGGCCGCUACUGCGACCUUCACUGUGUUUUGCACCCUCACUAGUACAAUGGGCAUUUGUUUCUUUUUUGGCGUCACUUUGACGUCUGAAGGCAGCAAGGACAUAUUUCCGUAUUUAAUAUUACUGGUGGGGCUAGAGAAUGUUUUGGUGCUAACCAAAAGCGUUGCCUCAACCCCUUUGCAUUUGGAUGUCAAGAUACGGAACGCACAAGGCUUGAGCAAAGAGGGAUGGUGCAUAACUAAGAACCUACUUUUAGAAAUCACGGUGCUGACGUUUGGCCUGUUCACGUUUGUACCAGCCAUUCAAGAAUUCUGCAUAUUCUCAAUAGUGGGUCUGGUAAUGGACUUUUUCUUGCAACUUUUUUUCUUCCUGACCAUCUUGGGAUUGGAUAUUAGCAGGAGCGACAAUUCAAUCGAGAAGACUAGCCAAAGCUUCAGAUCGGGAUUGUACCAGACGCAGUAUUUUUUUGAAAACCCGACAGCGAGAGGAAUUAGCAGGUCAAAAUCGCACCCUCGACUAUCUUCGUUCCCUACGAACGUGAUUGCGAAUCAGACUCAGUCACAGGAAGAGAAAAAGAUACCAAAAAGAGUUAGGCUCGUGAAUAUCUGGGCGAGAACGAGAUUUUUCCAAAGAUCCUUCAUGUUAUUAAUGGUUUUCUGGAUUAGUAUGAUAUUGUAUAAGAGUGAUAUUACAAGUCAGUACAUGUCGAAGAACACCGAAGAAAACAGUACACCACUGGAGAGCUUUCCAACCAUUACUGUGAUGCCAUUGUUGGAUGCUAAUAAAACUGUUGCUGUCAGUUAUGUGACAUAUAAUCCCGUGGAUGCUCAAAGAUCUGUGACGGCAUCUCCUGACUACCUUGCCACGUUAUCGAAGUUGAAACAUCCAAGCGGUGUUCUUUGGCCAAAAUUGUCAGUGCAUCAUUGGCCUGCCAUUCUGCGGACCUACAAUGUGUCAGUAGCAGGCAAGGCAGUUGCGGUGUUGCCUAAUAUCAGGCUGUCGCACGUCAUAGAACCAGAAAGAGCGGUGUUGCUGCGAAAUCCAGAUGAAAAGUAUGGUGAUAAGUUCAGGUGGCAAUCACUCGCAAUCGCACUGGAUCCGAUCGAUUUCAGCGAUCCAGAAUUUUCGUCAGGAUCAAGCCAUUCUUCAGAUAGCACUGGAUCCUCACAUCCUGAUCAACCAUAUUAUCCUCAGUCUCCUAUGGAGAUAAUGCUUACAUCGAUUUUGUGCUUAAUUAGCAUGGUGGUCCUAUCAUAUGCCUUAGUUGUUUUGUACAGGUGCGUGUGUUCUCGAAACUAUGCGGAGUGGAGAGCUUCGUGGCGAGGUGAAAGAGAAGGUAGCGGUGGUGAGGAAGAUGAUAGAGUACUUUUGGAGGCGGUACCUGUAGUAUUGGAAGGACAUGCUGGAGAAGUAGAAUGUAUUGCCACCGAUGGAAGAACCGUAGUGAGUUGUUGUCUAGGUGGUCAGCUGAAAAUCUGGGAUUCCAGCACUGGCGAGCUACUGUCCCAGAUCGACAGAAAAGGUCAUUUCAAAGGCGAAACCAACCAAGAUCUAUCCAUUGAGUAUGAAGAUGCCCUUUCUGACUACGAAUCAGGCUCGCCGCCCUCUCGCGAGCCUUUUCCUAAGCUACUCAAUAAGAUCAGUACUGAUUUCUCGCACCACACUACCGAGAAAUCUGCCGAAGAUUACUCUGACAUGAAAUACGAAUUCAACAAGGCAUACCGAUACUUUUAUUUCAAUCACAAGUAUGACAUUCGAUUGAGGCAUGAGCCUCGACAAGAGCUAAAACAACAUAGUAUAACGGAGACUAGCAGUAGUCCUAAGAUGUGUCCGUCAACAGAAAACCAAAGAAACUGUGACAAUAAUGAUGUAGUGGAUAGUGAUAGUAACAGAAGUAAUUUAGUGACGUGGCUUAAUAGAGAACUGAGCGGUUCUGUAAGUUUGGACUUUACAAGUUGCAAGAUGUCGCCUAUAUGGUGUUUGGACUAUUUUGACAAUCUGAUAGUAGUGGGAUGCGCUGAUGGCAGAUUGGAGUUUUGGGAUGCUACUACUACAAACCUUAAGUGUAUCUUCGAAGAUGGCGUCGACUCCGGCGUAACCCACGUGAAGAUGAUCGGUGCCAAAGUAGUAGCGGCCAGAUUAUGCGGUACUCUGGAGUUCUUCCAGUUGCAGACUUACAAUCAGGGUAGAGUCGUGGAUUGGAAUUUUACGUGUGCCUAUAGGAGGAUGCACGUCAGAACAGGAUCUGCAGGGUCGAUAGCGGAAUCUGUCGGAGGACAGGCUAGCGUGAGUCCAAACAACGUUGCCAAUUCGUCGGAAACCCUGCGGUGCCUGAAGAUACACACCGCGCAGGCGCACCAGCAGCCGAUUACCUGUUUAGAUUGCGAGGGUGGCCGCGUGCUCACCGGCGGCCAGGACCACGUGGUAAAGGCGUUUCGAUUGAAGGACGGCCAGCCAAUAUACGCCCUGCACGGGCAUUGCGGACCGAUCACGUGCGCUUUCGUAGACCGGGUGUGCCCAGCGACAGCAGGUAGCGGCUCGCAGGAUGGCAUGCUGUGCGUUUGGGAUCUCAUAACUGGUGCUUGUAUGUAUAGCAACCAAGCUCAUAAUGGGAGUAUAACAUCUUUAACUUACUCUGCCAGUUACGUCAUUUCAAUGGGAACAGACGAAAGGUUAUGUGUUUGGGAAAGAUUUCAAGGUCACCUUUUGAACACCAUCUCGAUUCCACAGAUCUUUUCCAACCAGAUCCUGAUGCUGGCGCAGCACUUGGUGAUCAUCGCGCGUAGUGGAGGCCUCGUAAUAUGGGACGUACGCACUGGCGAUUGUGUCCGUACCAUCACUUUAGGGCGAGCUCCUUUUGUAUUCAUAAAACAAAUGUUACUGCUGCGUGAUGCUGUCCUGUGCGAUUACGGAAAGCAGCUGCGGAUUGUUCGAUUCCCACUCAUAACGCAUAAAUUCGAUUGAAAAUGUUUUAUUGGGUAAAUUAAGAAGCCUGCACUGUCAGAUGUGUUGUUGAAAAGUCAUAGCUGUCGUUUUUGGCAUCAAGCAGAAAGGUAUGAAAUUGUAACUGACUCAGAAUAAUUGCAGAUGUCGAUAUGGCUGGUGAGAUAUCGUAAAAGCAUUAUGCUCUUAACUUGGAGAACAGGCCACAUCUUUUUGAUAUUAUUGGCGUCGGGUACGUCCUGGCGGACAGAAAGUGUGUUACAUUGAGACUUGUAUGUUCGGCUCCAUACAUAAAGUUGCGACCGAUUUAUUUUAUUUCUGAAAAGGUUAAUAGUUGUUCAUGUUAAUUAUUGAUAACACAUAAUAUAUGGUAGCUUCUAUCGCUAUGAUAAGCUGUCAUCGAAGACUCCAAACGUACCUUAGUUGAAGGAGAAGUAGUAUCUCAAGCAGGUCACAUAACAGCAUACAUUAUCAGUUUUACUUAUGAAAUUGCUAUUAAUAUAAUUUCUAACUAUAUCCAAUACUCACAUUUGUUGCAAAAGUCCUAUGAAAUUUUUAUCACACUUUUCUUUUGACCAAACAUUAAGGGACUUUUACACAAAUGCUAUAAAAGGCUGUAAGCAUUUACUUACACGCACAUAAUUAUAUACCCACGAGGCCACCUUUAUGGUCUCCUUGAUUUUCAUAGUUUUUCCUGUCCUUCAAAAAAGCGCUCUAUUUUGAGGUUAUGUUACAAAUAUCUAUUCGCAUCAAAUUGUUCAUGCUUUUUAUUUGUAUCAUCUGAUUUAUCAGCCUGAAGUUUCCUACACUUCAAAAAGGAAACAUAACCAGGAGAGCACAGACACGGAAGAGUAGAAAUCUAGAAAUACCCCAGCCUUUCUGAAGGAUAGAAAAAAAAUCAUACAAUCGGAGGGCUUUUUGCAGAAAGGAACCAACUCAGAAAAACAGUUAUUGAGCUUUAAAGUUUUGACAAUGAUAACAUUUAUUUCAGACCAAACACGAUUUUAAUUAACCCUUUCUUUCCCAAAUUUAAUUUUGAAAAAUAAUAUAUUUUUUUUAUAUCCCAGAUGACUAAUGAUGGUUCGAGGAAUGAUGUGCUGAAUGAUUUUAUUUUUUUGUAUUUUGAUUUUGCCAAAUUUUUGAUAACUCCAUAUGGAGUCAUCGGGAAAAUGAGUAUAAUGAAUAAGGGAAUGAUACAAAUAUAGGUGUUUACAAACGGAAUCUGAAACUGAUACAUACUAAAACAUAGAGAAACAUUUUAUUCUAUAAAUACACCUUUGAUUUAGCCUAGUUAUGGGAGAUGGAAUUCUUUGAAACAGUUCCUGUCUUUUGUUAGGCAUAACGCCAUUUUGCACUUCACAAGCCACUCUUGUGUACGCGUGACAUUUGCGGCACCUCAGUUUUGGGUUCUAUAUGGGUCGGCCAAUGAUUUUUUUGAUCGAACCGAAUAUCUUCUAUCGGCUUAGGGGCAACGUUUCUUGUUGUUUUCUUCAUUGGGGGUGUUCCUUCUCGCGAUGAUGGCCUUCCUCUUCUUUUUUUGGAUGGUACAGGUGUUCAGUAAAGCAUGGCCUAUUUCACUUCGGAAAGUAAUAAGCCUUCUGUAGUUGGUAAUACCAAGUCUUUUACAGUGGCGUCUAUAUAGUAGCCAAGCAUUUACUAUACAUAUAUCUAGUAGGUGAUAGAAUAUUCGCAAAUAGUAUCGCUUGACUCCAAUGUUUGUUCUAUAGAGGGCAACAAGCAUGUCGUUGAGAUCCACCCCACCCAUAUUGCUAUUAUAUAUUUUUAUAAUACUAGGCCUGGGUAUUUCAAUAUAACUUUUUUCGCUCUGAGACCAUCUUUUCACUGAAGUUACUGGCUCUACUCCUGAACAUGCAGAGAGCACAGUAACAGAUUUAUUAUCAAACCACUUGACUGCUACAAUAUUACUUGAAACUUCAGUAGCGAAAUCAUAUGCACCUCUCCCAUCCCUUUUCAAUUCUUUCUCGUCCAGUAGUUUUAGUCCUUUCAGUCUGUUGGACCGGACAGUUCCAAUACAGAGGAUACCUACUGACUUUAGAUGUUGCACUAACUGGAGGGAAGUAAAAAAGUUGUCAGUACAUAUUUUGAAAUUUUUGUGCUUCGGUAAGUGUUCUGUUAGUUGCACAACAACAUUUCCACUCAUUCCCAGUUCUUUAUUAUCUGUUGGCAUAACGGUGUAUUUUCCUACAUAUACAUCAAAUUCGUAAAUGAUUCCACUGACGCCUGCUUAUUUUUGAUGUAUUGUUUCAGGGAGCUAUGUCCUUUGAAGGGAAUCAUUAUUUCGUCCACCGAACUGAACUCUUCGGGUUUUGUCUUCGCAAAAUUUUUUUUCAUUGCAUCUAUAUACGGUCUGACUUCUUACUGGGCAAUCAAACAACCACGAGCAACAUUCGAGUUUAAAUUCACUUGCUUGUGCUUGUUUGAAGUUGUACACGUAUUCUGUAUUGAACUUCUUAAACUUAAGUUUAGAAAGUCCAUUCAGGUCAAUACAGUCGUCAAUGCCAACCAUAGCGCUAACUGAAUAAACAGUUUUGCUGGUUUGUUCGUCGGCUAAGGUUGCUUUAAUGCUUGUAACCUUUGUACUGCAUAUGCUUGCAUUGGUUUCAGUCACAUAGAAGACUCCGAUGAGGAUCAACACAGCCCAAAAUACUCCAAUCUGUGAUAGCAGUUUCAGCAGCACGAUUGCAGUAGCCAUAGUUACUAGAAUAGUGAAAGGCCUUAUUCGUGAGAACAAAGAAACUUUCUCUAUAAAAAAAAUUUUUGCAUAACUAUGGUCACACAUAAAGAUCCUGCUCCUAAAGCCAACAACAGAUUUUGUGCUCAUCAACUUCUUAUUAAAACAAGCGAACUCAUCAACAUCAAAGAUUCUCUUUCCCUGUAAUCUAAGUUCGUCACAAACUAAGAUAACAAGGUCAUCAUACACGCGUAUGAAACAGGUGGUAUCCUUUGAUGAGAAAUAAUCGUUUGUAAUAUUCUGAUAAUUGUUUCGCACCAAGAUCUUGAAUAGUGGUAUUAGACAAUUCCUCGUCAUGGGUUGUCAUAGUUAGGAUGUCAACGAAUCAACGAAUUGUCGUUUAUAUGAAGAUAGGAGCGUAGCUUUUCAAACCGAUUUCUUGGCAUUACAUCAGCAAUCACAGGAUAUCUAGUUUCCCGACUCCAAUAAAGUCGAUAGCUUGGCAUGUGAACAAUACCGCUAAUUAUGUGCAUCCCUAGGAAAUGACAGAUUUCGUCAUAAUUCGUGUCUACAGAUGUUCCCAUUUUUUGAACAGAGUAAAGAUUGAUCUGGAGUACUAGAUUUUCAAUAAUUGCAUCAUCAAAAAACGUCUUGAAGUAUUCCAAAGAGGAACCUAUUUUUUCCACACUAGUGAAGUAGAUGUUACAUUCUGACGAAACUGGGUGAAUAUCACGUUUUUCCCAUUUUAUUGGAACAGGGGUAGUUUUCGAUGAGCCUGUAUUUCGAAGCCUCGAUGCAAGCUGUUCCAGAGGUAAAUCAUCUUCGUUGUCUUCAGAUUGAGUGGCAUCAUUUUCUUGGAUCUCUAAUGAUAUAUUUCCCAUAUCAGUUUGAAGCAGAACGUUUUCAGUAUCUAUGCAAUCAGAUACGUAUUCUCUCAAAGGAAGGCUUGUAAUAUGAUCCUUGUACUCAUCAUCAUCUUCCUCAUUGAUCUCGAUAUCAGAUAAGUCGCCUUCUAGUAGAAGAAGCAAAUGCUUCUCUUCUUCAGUAAGACAUACCCGUGACAUCUAGAAAAGGAAGUGACGUAAAUGGGUAUCCUAUUCCCAAUGACGCCAAACGGCGUCAUCAUUUCAAAGGCUUCUCAUAUGUGAAAAAAGUAAAUACACAAUUCUAUAUCAUUGGAACUCAUUGAAAAGCCUUGUUAGUUCUAUAAAAAAAUAAUUAUCAUUAAAUGAACAAAUGCUUACCUUUGAAUCCCACUGUAUAUUGCUGAAUUGAACACGUUGAUUCAAGCAAGUUACAUUUAACCUCAAAAACAUUCUAUGGGCCGCUCAAAUUGGUAUGUGGUCAUCCAGGCGCCAUCUAUGUAGUACCGACGUUAUCAGGGACCACGGUAUUGUAGAUUUCUAUUCAUACUUACAUCUGAGAACAUUAUUCAAUUUUCAUGGCUCCAUUUGGCAUCAGUGGGAAAGAAAGGGUUAAUGGGAUACUAAAACCUUUAUAUAUGUGAAUGAAUAUUUUCUACAGUAAAUGGUAUUGCUCGUAAUAGUUUAUUUUCCUAAACUCUAAAUUUUUUAUAUUUAGUGGGUUGGCUCCUUUCUGCAAAAAAGCCGUCGAAUUGUAGGAACGACUGACGAUAGGGUCCUUAGUCUAAUGUUUAUUUAUUGAUACAAAAUGUCCUCAAAGUUGGCGUAUAGAUCUUGGAAAAAUGAACGUUUUCUUAGUAACAUAUACACCAAAGACUUAAGAUUGUCGAGGUGUUAGGCUCCGUGAAAUAGAUCAAACCUAAUCAGAUCAAACGUGAACACGUUCGAUGCGCAUCAGGGCUCGUAUUUUCGAAAAAUGGAAAAAACACGUUGCUUUUAACAAGAAGCAUGAGUGAUGGUGGCUUCGCACCUGUACGAAUGUUUUAUGUUAAAAAAAUAUUUCUUUGCAUUGUAUUUGUUCGAUUUCUUUCACAGGAAAAAAUUAGAUGUCCGAAUGGUAUUUGACAAGACUAUUUCAAGAGUAACAGUUUACUCUGCAUACACAUAUAGCAUACAAAACAUACUACCGUAAAAGCCCCUAUCUUCGGACAAAAUUUGGAAUAUUUUCUCAAUAUUGAAUAUUUUAAUGUGACUAUUACUAUUCUGGCUAUAAAAACAUUGCCAGUGCUAUGGAAUCAGUCAAAGUGUAUAACCUGCCUAUAAAUAUGUCAGUGAGGUAUGAAUAAAAAAAAAUAAAAAUAGUUGUCCGAAGUUAGGAUAUAUUUUCCGUAAUUUCGGACAUGGACGUUUUACUGCAAAAUUGAAUAAAAAACUCGAUUUGGACACUUAGGAAACACUGUGACCAACUUCAUAAAAUAUAUUAAUUGUUGUCCUAACUUAGGACAUACGGUUUUCAAUGUAUUUUAGAAUGAAUCAUUCAAAAUUUUAUUUUUUUCGGACACUUAGGAAAAAAUGCACAUAAUAUAACUGAAAAAGUGAUUCAUUCCAAGGAACUAGCUACAAACUACGUAAACAAAUAGGUAGAAAAUGUUAUAGAAAAAACACAUCGAGAACUUUAAAAAAUCUACAAUACUCGUGUCAAGUCUUCCGAAAGUCUAAAAAUUCCUCUCCAUUCUGUCGGUGUCCCAGGAACAGCGCAAAUGUCCUCCUGAAUCACGUCGUUAAGGUCCUCGACAAGUGGGUAUACAAAAGACUCUGAGUUCUUUCAUCGCAGACAACUUAUCUGUAGCUUGGACCCAUCAGAAUUUAACGAUCAAACGAACUUACCUGAAGUUCGAUCGUAAUUAUAUCGAUCGUCCAUUCCGAAGAUGUAUUUAACUAAGGUAGUACGCUCAUGCGUACUGCGCGCCACACAUUUUUAAGAUGAAUAGUAGCGCGAGCGCGGAUAUGUUCUUCCCGCUCGCCGCCGUCCGCUG